AUGAAUUCCCUAUCUUCACCAAGCUUCGCCGCCGAAUUUAUUGCUGAAGAUCCCGGCAGACCAGUUCCCCAAAGGCCCGUCCGAAGACGGGGCAUGAAUGAUCAGAUCAAAUGGGUCAAAUCAUGGGUUGCAAAGCUACCUCAGGGGGAUGAGGACUGGGACAACAACAAACCCUCGACACCGAUUGAUAUUUCACGUUUGCAUGAUCGCUUAACCAUUUCGCACAUUGGGGGUCGCCGAGAUAUGGACUGGCUUACUCUACUCAACACAUACGCUGCCGCUGCUCGAAAUUUCGAAGGACGAGAAGUUCAGCUUCACUGCAUGGUUAUGGUCGCAGCCUGUCACGUGGCUCACAACCAGGGACUCGAAACACCAGAAGUGAUGAAGGCGAUGGCUCGAUGCGUCACUGGAGGCAGUGAUACCCUUAGGUCUAAACGAUUUGCACUGCCCAAGUGUGUGCAGAUUGGGGACGAACUUGCUAAAGCAUUAGGAGCACGUGCGUACGAGCUUCCGUUAAGAGUAAACUCCUAUUUCACCUUUGGCCAGCACUUUACCAGCGAAUGCUUCCCGAUCCUGCGCAGAGAGAGUGCCUUUGCGCACCGUCCGAAAACCAGACUGCCCUCGGAGGCACUCAGAAUACCUAACCUCGUCUUUGAUCUUUGCGAGGGAAAAGUCAGUCUUGAACAAAUCGAAAAGGCUCUAGAGCCAGGCGCUGCGAAGGCGAAGUCGAGAUCCAAGUCGAAAACGAAGUCAAAUUCGAGAUCGACGGGUAGUCCAGAAAGCAUCAACUGGAACGUCGUCUCCAGUGAUACGGAGCAUGAUAUGAUACACAUCAUGAAAUAA